AUGCAGCCUCUCUACGGUUCUCACCCGCAUACCCCGCGCACGCCGGGCACUCCCAACACGCCAAACUCGGCCACGAAUGUGCCUCCCUAUCAGCAGACAUCGCAGCCUGGCCAGCGACCUGGCAUCUAUGCAAUGGCGCAGAAUCCUUAUCCUCCUAACCAAGGAUAUGGCACCUCUGCGCCCAUGAUGCCCCAGACCACCACAGCCGCGUCUCACCCGCAGCCUAUUGCUCCUGCUCCCGUUGGUGGGCGUGGACCUCCAGUCCUUCGUCCUAUGCCACCCGGUGGUAUUAUGGCCCAGCCCGGUGUCUCUUCUCCCUACGGCCCUGGAUCGCUUAUGCAGCCCAACCCGGUCAUGCACGACGGAGAACAGCCUACUCAUGUUGUCGGAUCUCAGGGCCGCCGUGGAAUCUUGCCUAGCGCUCCGGGUCGUCCUGCAGCUCCCACUGCCGGGGCUGGUGCAAAGAGCACCGUUAUUCCCGUCAAGGAUGCGGACGGCAAGUUCCCUUGCCCUCAUUGCACCAAGACAUACCUCCAUGCAAAGCAUUUGAAGCGCCACCUUCUUCGCCAUACUGGCGAUCGCCCUUACAUGUGCGUGCUUUGCCGUGAUACGUUUUCUCGAAGUGACAUUUUGAAACGCCACUUCCAAAAGUGCUCCAUUCGCCGUGGAAACCCCACAGGAGCUAGCCACCUGUCCCACCCUCAGGCUCACGUUAAAAAGAAUGCUCAGGCUCAGAAGGCUGCUGGCCUCGGCAACGAGGCCGACUUGAACCACCUCAAUGGCUUGAACAACAUGCCCGCUGAUGGCAUGGUUCAUCCCUUUGGCAUGGUUCCCGUCUCUGACGGCAUGAACAACAUGGCCGGUGACCAGAGCCAUCUCUCUCGUUCCAGCAGCGCCAACCAGGACCGGAAUAACAUGGCCCCCAGCAUGGGAGCCCCGCAGCCCUAUGGUGCUAAUGUGUCUAACUCCAUGAACAACCAACAGAUGCCUAGCUACAGUAUGCCCCCGGGUCAGAACGGAAUGCCCAUGUAUGGUGGAUCUAACGGGAACCAACAAUCUGGCCUCGAUUGGUCUCAGAUGUUCCAGGCUGGUGCGCAUCAACCCCUCAACAACAAUAUCUUUCAUCCUCCUAAUCGUGGACAGACGCAGAUCGCACCCAAAACCGGGCCUAAUCACGAUUCGGGGGCGACGGAUUGCAGCUCCAGCGAUUCCGUCCGCUACUCUAUGUGGGGCAUACCGACGAAUAUUCAAAACCCUUAUUCUCAACUCUCUAGCCAAAUACUCAACUUCCUUUACCCCCCAAACGAGGCGAUUGACCCAACCCUCACGGGCAUGAACCUUUACUUCUCCCCUGAUAAUACUAAAGAUUUCGUCGACCAGUACACGCACUUCCACGAGCAUGUCCCUAUACUUCAUCCGAGCACCUUUCGAGUCAUGGAGGCACACUCCGGACUGGCGGCGUGCAUGUGCUGCAUUGGCGCAUGCUACUCAAACCGGGUUGUGCUCUCAGAUGUGCAAGAAAUGAUGGACGCGCUAUGGACUGCUAUGGAGCGUGACUGUCGAAUUUUGUCCGAGGAGAGCCUGCAUGAUGCAGGUGUUGCUGAAAUCACCGAGUCGUCUAUUGAAGAGCUUCAGGCAGUGCUACUGACUUGUGUACUUCAUUUUGCCAACGGGACUUCGCAGCAGAGGCAUCGGGCUCUACGAAUAGCCCCCUUGGUAGCUGCGCACACUCGUCGCCUGGGUUUGCUAGGCGUCUCUGGUGAUCCACUGAUUUACUCCUUGCUUCAUCACCUCGAGGUUGAUGGUCAAUACGACUUGAAGUCUCAUCAAUUUGACUGGCUAGCCUGGACCGAACAAGAGCUGCGCAUUCGACUGAUGCAUGCUAUUUUUGUGUUAGAUGCUUUUCUGGAACUUUACUUCAACGUCCAUGCCCAAUUUGAUCCAUCCGAGGUUCAUUUGCCUCUACCUUGUGACGAUGCAGCCUGGAAUGCCUCCUCCGCUGACGAUUGCGCCUCGGCUCUUGGAUUGAAAGGGGACGAACUGGCCCAAUCAGUUAAUCCACACGGGACUCGUCGAGCUGCACAACCAGGGUUGCACUUGGUUCGUCAAGUUCUACUUGAUGGUGGCUGGCAAAUCAAAUCGGGAAGUACGAAUUCUCUCGGCAAAACGAUACUGGGAGUAACCAUGAUUGCUAUAAUUCGACUUUCGCAAAAGGUUGGCAGUCUGAACUAUCUCCAUACUGGGGAUGGGCUUCCUUCUCUUGAUUGGAUCGUACCACAUGAUGGCUCAAGUGAAUCAAUAGACCCGUCAACCUCUGAUGAAGUGCACCACGGCAUGGAUCCUCACACAUUUGUCAUGCUUUCGUCUGCGCUAGAUAAACUACAGAAAAGCUGGAAUGAUGAUGAACCAAUUCAAACAGCUCUCUGCGAAAGCGGCGCCCGGGUUUCUCAGGAAGGCGUGUUCUUGCCUGCAAUAGCUCGACAUAUCUUGUUAAACCCUGGAUUUGCCGACUUGGAGCCGGACAAUGAGGACCAAUACAGGGCAUCAUACGAAGCAUUGAAGAGUGUCAGCGCAUCCCUUUCAACAAAAAAAUCUGACGCAGAAAAGGCGGAUGAAGUACAGGAAGCCAUCACACAGUUUGGCGAAAAAGAGUAUAUUUUGGAUUUGGCGCGAAUAUUCAGACCAUUACCCACGCCAUGA